UAUGGCGCUGCUAAAUGCAGUGACUAGGUCAUCGCUGUUCUUUAUAUAGAAGCAAGAUAGAAAAUAUCUUUUCCGCGCGAUAAAUCUAAUGGUGUGUAGAGGAUGUGUGUAAGGGAUGGGGAUCAUGGAGGACGGUUGUGUUUGCGGGAUGCUGGGAUUAUAAAAGAGAUUUAAAUCCCUAAUAAACUCUGGCGGAGCUACGAGGAUGACAGCUGUCAGUUUAUCAGAGCCUCUGUGUCAACCGUGCGCUUAUGACAGCAGAUUCAAAGUGGAGGUUUAUCUAAAGGAGCCACUAAUGUCCAUCCACCUGAGCCCAGAGCAGGUAGCACUAGACAUGCUGUGUCUCUGCAGCCAGCUGGACCUCCUUAUCAGAGCUCAGGUCCACCAGGGGCAGACCAAACUAGAUUUAAAUCCAGAGGAAUCGGAAGCUUUCCAAAACCAAGGUGCUGAGAUUAUAAACCAGAUGAAGCAGUGCCUUGAAAACUCUCCAAAACCUGCGCCGUUGCUGGAGGACUAUCUAGACAUUGCUGGAUUGUCUAUGAUCUUCCCUCGAGUAGAAGUCUAUGUUAUCCAUGGUAGUCCUGUAGAUAUGUUGGAGGAACCAGCAAUGGAUGGCUAUUUCUCUCACCUUGGGAGACUGAACCAACUGCUGGGGUUCAGUCAGCAGUUAGAUAAUGAUGUGAAACACAUCAGAAGACAUAAAUACAUCCCCCAUCAGCUUGCUGUUGUACAUCAAGGGCUUAACUCCUUUAAAGAUGUGGUGCCACUGUCAGCUAUUAAGAAAGACAUUGAAGCCAAUUUUAAGUCACUAAAAAUGUCUUUAGUAGCAGAGGAAGGAUCUGAGCAAGAACCCCAGUUACCAGCCCAGUACAUCAGCUGGGUAUCACAAGUGACACAGAGCAUAAUAUCAGCAAUCACUUCACUUCCAGAAGAGCUCACUGAUGAACUGAAUCCAGUCAUGGCUUUUGUCUCUGAGCUGUCCUGAGAAGAAAACAUUCAUGUGAUGCAGUGGACAGGGAGGCAUAAAUGUAGUGUUAGAUUUGAUGAUAGCAUAAGAAAAAUGUAUUCUUGGAGAUGAUUAGGAGAGAUCCCUGAUCCGAUCUACGAUGCCAAUGGAUGCUACGAUCUGGCUAAUAACAGGGAAAAGACACACAGCACACAAUGUGACACGCGUUCUUCGGUUUAAUACAGGAAACAGACACUCUGGGCAAAACCUGAACUAAAAGUAUUUCUUAUUUGGUAACAAGACAUGGAAAAAUGGAGAUGUUUUAACUCAGACAGGAAUGUCAUGUAUACCACAUACUUACAUUGUAUACAUCUUACAGGCAUUGCACAGACACCACAGGAAUGUGCGUUAAGAGAAAUAAGUGUGUGGCCCCCUUUUUAUAUUAACAUGUAGGCAGUCUGUUAAUAAUACUUGGAGAAUACUACACUGUAAACUUGGUGCUUAAAAGUGCAGCCGACCUUGAUGACUGUUGCAUAUUUCCUUCUGCCAAUCAGGUCUGGAUGCUGAGAGGUUCAUGGCAAAAUUCCGACUUCGGUUAUUAGAUUUGUUUCAAUUGUACCAAUAAAUACAAAUUCUUCCACCUGUUCUAAUAUACUUAGUGCAUUUGCAAUAAAUUGUAUGUCAAUGUCGACUUCUUCUUCUU